AUGACAAUUGACCGCAAGACGAAGCGCACUUCCGAGCAAGAGGCCGAUAACACCAAGAGAGCUCAUCUAAAGUCUCCUAAGCGCAAGAAUUUGAUUGUAAAUGCCUUCAUCAUGGGAUCUGCCGGCAAUCAGUCUGUUGGAAUUUGGAGACACCCUCAAGAUAAAUCUGCAGACUUAUACCAGUCUCCAGAAUAUUGGAUGAAUUUGGCAAAACUUCUUGAAAAAGGAAAAUUCAAUGCUGUGUUUCUGGCCGACGUACUGGGACCUUAUGAUGUUUACCAAGGUCCAGGCAACUUCGGUCCCGUUGCUAAAGCAGGAUCGCAAUGGCCUAUUUCCGAUCCCAGCUAUUUCAUCCCGCUGAUGGCAGCCGUAACUAAAAAAUUGGCGUUCGGAAUAACAAUUUCUACUAUCAGCGAGCAGCCCUAUCACUUGGCCAGGCGCUUGGGAACGCUCGAUCUGCUAACGAAUGGAAGAGUUGGCUGGAACAUUGUGACAUCUUACUUAGACAGCGCUUCUAGAAAUUUGCUUAAUGGCAAAACUCUACCUCCUAACGAUGAGCGGUACGCUCGUGCUGGUGAAUUCGUUGAUGUUAUCUAUAAGCUGUUUCUGAGCUCAUGGAGAGAUGGGAGUUUCAAAGCUGACAAAAAAUCAGGUGUUUUUACCGAUUCUGAUGGUCUCAGACACAUCAAUCAUGAAGGCACGUACUUCAAUGUACCUGGACCAGCGAUCACUCACCCCAGUAAGCAAAAACUACCCGUCAUUAUCCAGGCUGGUACCUCAGCCAAAGGAAAAGAUCUUUCUGCAAAGAAUGCAGAGGUGGUUUUUCUUGCUAGUUUGACUCCAGAAGCUCUUGGCGCUUCCAUUAAAGAUAUCAAACAUAUCGCUACUAUGAAGUACAGCAGGGACCCUUCUAAAAUCAAGUUCAUUGGGCUACUCACUGUUAUCCUAGGUGACACUCACGAAGAGGCGGAAACUAAGUAUGAGGAUUAUAAGGCCAAUUAUUCUGAUGAAGAAGGGGCCAAAGCGAUGUUUUCCGGCUGGACUGGCGUCGACAUUGACAAGUUCCAAGACGACGAGGUGCUUUCAAAUGUUGAUCACAUCGCUAUUGCAUCGGCGGUCAAGAAGUGGCAGACAGCCUAUCCCAGAGUGGAAAAGUGGACGAAGAAGGCCAUUAUAGAGGAGAUCAAGGUCGGUGGAAGCGGUCCAGUUUUGAUUGGAACACCACAAGAAGUGGCACUUGAAAUUCAAAAUUGGGUCGACAUCUCUGAUAUUGAUGGGUUCAACUUUGCGUACACGGUCCUUCCUCAAUCAUUCGAGGAGAUUGUCGAUAAGCUGCUGCCAGAGCUCGAAAAACUCGGUCUAUUCUGGCAUGAUUAUCCAGAAUCCAGUGACUCUUCAAAGUACUUGACCUUCAGAGAGCAAUUGUUCGGUGAUACAUAUCUUGACAAGACACAUCCAGCUUCAGACCUUAGAUGGAGGGCUGAUGAGUCGAGAGAGGCUUUUGAGGCAAGACUAGACAACAAUUAA